AUGAAGUGCGCAAAACUGCAUCUCCAAGAGAGGUCGAAGGUGAAACCUAUUACAAUAAAGGUAAACGACAAACCAAGGAGAUACUGUCAGAAACGUAUGGUGGACCCAGGACAUGAAGAGGAUCCUAGAUGGACAGAUGUAUUCGAAAGGUUUCAUUGCCACAUCAGUGGUGAUGGUGAAGUAGAUGCGGAAAGAUAUGGAAAUAUUCCAAACCAAACUGAAGACUACAUAUUCCUAUCGGUCCAGAAUAUAAAAUUUCAGGGAGACACACAACAAAGAAAAAGACCUCGUACCAGUUUCAAAUACAAAUCAUUAUCCGAUAACAGAAAACAUCGGAUGUUUGUUAAACAAGUUGUGGAUGAUGUUGACGUUGGAGAUGAUGUAUCGUCACAACUUUCAAGUUACUACUUCGAUGAUUAUGUGAAAUAUAUUACCAAUGAUCGCUCUAGACCGUCAUCCAGUAAAUCUAGUUUAUUCCUUCAACGAAUCAGUAAUAAAUAUAAGGAAAAUAAAGCAAUACAGGUGGACGCUAAAAUCAGCGACAAGAAAAUACGAAAGGAUUGUAAAGAAAAACAAACUAGUGUUAAAGUAACAAAGUCAGAAGUAACUGAGGAUCCACUUCCAGACAAUAACAUGGAAAAUGCAAAGAUAUCAUUUCAUAAAUCAGGCAAAAGGAAGAGUCUUACAAUUUCUCGUGUACCUAGCCCAGAAACAGUACAAAUAAUAAGGGUCGACGUUGUCUGUAAUUACAGUAACAGUUCAAUGUUAUCAGAUUGUUAUGAUGAUAACAAUAAGCAAACGAAACUAGAUAACGUUAAAAUUGAUAAGGACAGUACCCAUAACUUUAAGAGUUCACACUUCGCUAAUAAAUAUCUUUUGACUAAUACAGUAAAAACUUUAGAUGAGAACGUGUCCGGCGGAGCGAAAGUGACUUUACUUUGCAAAACUUUUAGGUUGACCGAUAGAUCUAAACAACCUUCAGAGAGAAAAUAUUCUAAAACUAAGAAAUGUGGGACUGGAGUAAAAAACCCAACAGUGCGCGGUAGGAGGGCGCGGCGGCGUAUUAGGGGACUUCGGCGAGGGGGUAGUGAGGAGGUCGAUAAGCAGUGGGAUUCGGAUUCGUACAGUACAGACGGAGGGUUGUCCGUCCGCCGCGGCAGUCGUCUCGCGCUCGCUACAGCAUGUGAUCUUGAUGCUAAGCUCAAGGUGACACUCUUAGAGUUAAAAAAAUCCAAUGAAUUAAAUAAGGCCUUAUUACAGGAACGAGAUGAAAGUGAGAUUGAAAUUAAGUUGAUGUCUGAUAAAUAUGUGGCUCUGAAGAAUGACCUAGUGAAGAUCAGUACAGACUUUGAAGUUCUACAUAUCGAAAAUGAAAAACUUCAAGAAAUUGUAAAUAAAUAUGAUCUGUGCAGAGACACAUAUGAGUCAGCAUUGCAGAAAAUCACUCAUCUAGAGCGGCACCUUGAGGAAGUUCAAUCACAAAAUAAAUCUUUGUUGGAUCACAGGCGGUUGAGUAGUUAUAACGAGACCAUGGAUCUGUAUACAGAAAUGUUAAAUACUACUAGUGAUCAAACAUCUGCUCUGCCCCUUGUGACCAUAGAUUUGACAAAUACACCUAGCUCCUAUAGUCCUAAUAAAGUACCUAUUAAUAUGAUAACAUACGCUUGCGAAUCGUGGACUCUAACCACCGAAAGGGUCAACAAGCUACAAGUCAACCAAAUAGCAAUGGAGCGAUCUAUGCUCGGCAUCUCCCUACGAGACAGAAGGAAGAGAGACUCCUCCCAGAGAGACUGCGGAAUACUGAGAUCAGAAGGCGCACGGGAGUUACCGACAUCAUCCAAAGAAUCGCGCAGCUAA